ACUGACGUCACCGUCGCCCCACUGCUUUCCGGGAGACCGAAGUAGAAGGCCAGCGAGCUGGCUACAAUGGCAGGUGAAGAAAUUAACGAAGAUUAUCCAGUAGAAAUUCAUGAGUAUUUAUCAACAUUUGAGAAUUCCAUUGGUGGUGUGGAUGACAUGCUGAAGACCAUGAUGUCUGUUUCUAGAAAUGAGUUAUUACAGAAGUUGGACCCACUUGAACAAGCAAAAGUGGAUUUAGUUUCUGCUUACACAUUAAAUUCAAUGUUUUGGGUUUAUUUGGCUACUCAGGGAGUUAAUCCUAAAGAACAUCCAGUGAAGCAAGAAUUGGAAAGAAUCAGAGUGUACAUGAACAGAGUCAAGGAGAUAACAGACAAGAAAAAAGCUGGCAAGCUGGAUAAAGGUGCAGCUUCAAGAUUUGUGAAAAAUGCCCUUUGGGAGCCAAAACCUAAAAAUGCACCAAAAGUUGCCAAUAAAGGGAAAAGCAAAAAUUAACCUUUUGGUUUUGAUGUACACAUAUUCAAAAAAAGGACAUCAUUUUUUGGUUGUUGCUGUUUUCCACAAAAUAGAUGAUGAUUAUGUGGCAGGAUAAGGUUUAAAUAUAUUUCUAAUUGAAUUCAUAUGUAAAAUUUACAUUUUAAAUUUGAAAUGAUACUUUCCCCCCCAGAAAGAGCUAAGUUAUCUUUAUUGAUUUUCCUAUAAAACACUGAGGUUUUUAAACAUCGUGGUAUAUUUUAUAUUUGUAUUUUACCAUUGCUCUUGAUGAGACUAUUUCCUCAUCUAGGUCAAUCUUCAUAAGUACCAUUUUAUAGCCAACUGUGGAAUUUAAGUUAAAUGUUCUUUGUAAACAUUUGUCUAUUUUAAAUGAAUAUUUUAAACUUUAUGAAGUUUGCUAAAGACUGAAGUUGUAAAUACAUGUUUUCACUAUAUAAUAAGAAAGAAUGAAAUGACUUAAAUGUCUUUUUUUUUCUAUUUAGUUAUUUCAUCAUGUUUUCAUGUUUUGGGGAUUUACUGCUUUUUUGAUAUUUGAACUGUGAAAUUAAAACUUUUAAGGUUAUUUAAUUCUUGACACUUUGCCUCUGUAUACCAUUUAAAGUAAUAUAUUUUCUCGUUAAGAUGGGAAAUGAGAUUGUAUAUUGACAGCUGAAUUUUGGUGAAAUGGCUGUAUCCUAUCAAUAAAAGCUAUAAAUAUGUAGCUUACCUAUUUACUUUUCUCCUUUGAGUAAAUUUGUCCUGGAAAAGAGGAAGAUAGCUUUUAGAAAUCAUUAGAAAAAUUCAUGAAUUUUUGAGGCAGUCUCAAGUAUGUACAAGUAUUUUGGAACAACUUUCUUAUGUAAUACCAUUUACGCUGUAAUUCAAAGGAGAUGUGUUAUGUUUAUAUUCUGAUUUAUUUUUCUGGAAUGUUUGUUGCAUACUUAAAGACUAUUCUAAAUGUCUUAAGUUCACAAUUUUAAUUAUAUGCCUUCAGUGCUGUCUGUCUUUGAAUCCACACCAUUAUGUAUAAGAAUGCCAAGUACAGUAAUUUUUGAAAAAGAAGUUGUUAAAAUUUUCUGCAUGAUUAAUUCUCCAUAAGUAACCUUGAAUAAAUGGGUUCUUUGAUUUAUAGUAGCAUAUAUUGGAAAUGGUCUUAAAAUGUAAUGGAUUUUGUAAAAUAUGUUGAACUCUUUCUAUGAUGCAUGAAGAGGAAGUCACUGAUAGAUGCAGAGAGUCUUGGCUCAGAUGUCAGACAAUUUUUGAAGUGGAAGAACAUUUAUAGUUAUUUUUACUCCUUUUUUCACCUUCAUCCUAAUUUCUAGUUUUUUAAAAUAGUAACAUCUUCCAGAGAGAAGUAAAUGUUAUUAAAUCAAGUUUAUGUGUAUGUAGCCUUGUGUUAUUUAUUACAAAGAUACUUUUAUAACUUGUGUUUUUGUAUAUGUUCUAAUUUCAUAAAGAAAAGUUAAGUGAAAAAUGUCAUGCAGUUCCAGAAAAUCAUUAGCUAAAUUAUUGGUUUGUGAAAGUUCAAUUCAGCAUUCUAUUAAAUUGGAAAUUCUUAGGUGAAUAGUUCUUUCAGUCUUUACUGGUAGAAAUAAAAAAGUUUAAGUGCAUUCGUUUUAUUAUAUAUAAUUUAAAAUCUAGCAUGUGGAUAAGGAGCUGAGUAAUAGUAGUACAUUGAGUUGCUUAUUUGUUGUUUAUUUACUUCAAAAAUAUUUUAUGAGAUCUACAUUGACAAAUACUGUGCUAGGUUGCAAAUAAGAUAACUCCAGCCUUUAUUCUAAGAAAAGAAAAUAAAAAUGUUAUGCAAAAAGUACCUCUUUUUUAUUCAUAUUUUUUUUCCCAGAGUUACCGGAAAAUUUAUGACAAAUUGUGUUCAUUAACCUUAGAACCAUAAAGGGUGAUGGGUUGAUCUGUUUGACUCUGGUACAGUUAUUGUUAACAUAGUCUGUUCCAAAUGAUAGUCUGCUCUAAGUUUAGAUGUUAAUUACAUCUUUUAUUAAUCUCUUUGGGAAUUAACAAAUUGGAGAGGUUAUAGUUAUAGAUAUUUUUAACAUUAGAAUUAUAGACUGUUAAUCUAAUACUAAAUAAUGAGAUUUUGUCUUUUAAUAAUAUUUUAAGUACAAUUUUCUUCUUGUUCAUAGUUGCAGGAUGAGAAUUCAUUUUAAUAAAGUAGAAUAUGUUAAGAAGAAAAUUGAAGCUUGAAUUAUGGUUUACAUUCUGGGAAUUAGGAGGUUAUGUCAAGUUGAUUGGUUUUUAAGAUACCCAGCAGAUUAAAAGAUUGUUCUAUUUAGCUUUUAGAAAAGGGUUGGUAUUAUUUCUAAAUAAGGCUUUUAAAAUUGACAAGAAAUGUAGGAAAUACUUGAAAAACAGAUAAUGUAUUGAUUGUAGAUACUUUUUUAAGUAGGUCAUUGAAAACAAAAGUUGCUUUGGGAAUUGAAUCACAUAGCUUAUGAUAGAGUUAUCAGAAAUUCUGCUUUUACCAAGUGAUGUUAACUGAGAAGGAUUUGAGCUGUGUCUGAACCUUCAUGUAAUAGCUAAACUGGGUAUGUAAAGGGAAGAAAAAGAAGUGUUGUUAUCUGGUUAUCUCCCUCGAUUACAUUGUUUAGUAAACUUGCUCAGAUAAAUUCAGUGGCUCUUUUACCAGAUGACCUCCAUAGCAACUUAUUUAAUGAAUGUG